AUGGCAUGCGGUGUGGACAAACAUACGAGAAAAUUCUUCUCGCUUAGCAGUGUGCUCACUUUGUCCGCCGUUGCCAGCGCCGCUUUGGCUGCUCCCCAGGAUGCCUCUCGGCUGCGUCGCGAUGUCUCCGAGCUAGUCGAUGCCUCCGCAGUGGAUUUCGUGCCUCCGGUUACGGAGUAUUUGCCCGCCGCCGAUGUUGUCGAUGCCACCGAGCAGCCGAGCGCUGUUUUAGGAGACGAAGGCUACGAGUAUCGCACUGUGCGUCGCCUCAAGCUGCGUCAUCGCAAUCGUCGCGAUGUCUCGCAUCUUUCCACUCGCUACUUGCCACCACCCAGCAAGAACUAUCUGCCCCCAGCUGCUGCUGCGCUGCCAACUCCAGCUGCCCCAGCUGAUGACACCGAGGAGGUUGUCUCUGCCGUCGAACCCAAGGUGGCACGUGAGUAUCUGCCACCAGCAGCCGAGGAGGUCAGCACCGAGGCAGCACCAGUUGUGGCCGAGACCGAGGCGCCAGCUGUCGAGGAGGAACCCGAGCCUGAGGCUGAUGUCCGUGUGGUCGAUGUGCCCACAGCUGAGCUGCGUGACGAUGGCUAUCACUACAAACAGCCCGAGGAGAUGUCCGUAGAGCUAAAGGAGGCCGCUCCGGCUGCUCCUCAGGAGUACUUGCCGCCUCUUGGUGACGACGUCGUUGCCGAAGGACCCGCCGAUGGCGAGAGUGCUGUGCUCACCAAGGAUGGCUAUCAGUAUCGCGCCAUCCGCCGUUACAGAUUCUAG